UCAUAAUUCUCAACCCCGUUGCUCUAUUUCAUUCAUUCACAUAUGCGAUGCCGCUGCUAAGCCUAGCCCUUCUCAAUCAACACAAUGACGAUUCUGCUGUUCGUGUUAGGCUGCUUCGUCUAUGGCGGACAAUGAGACCUGAUGGGAUCACAAUUCAACAAUUUCAUAUGAUGUUUGUCGACAACCAGGUAACAGAGAUUGAAGGGUUGAUUGAUACGGAUGAGAUACCAUUGUUUGAUCCCUUUCUACUGAAUGAGGGAAGGAUUUACAGAUUCACUAACUUUCAUGUUCGACCCUAUGAAGAUGACCAUCGAGUUUCUCCUGCCACCCUCCGAAUCUGUUUUCAUCAGGAGACUGUGGUUGAAGAGCUCCCUAAUGGACAAGACAUACCUGCCUACAAUUUCCGAUUUUUGGAUGCUGCUGAUCUUCCUAAUGCAGUUCACAAUCAUGCCUACAUGUCUGAUAUAAUUGAAGUGUUGGUUCUUGCGGACCCUGAAGAAGCCUUAUUUGAAGAUAUUGCUCUUUUGAGGCGAAAGAGUGUUCUGCUUAAGGGGCAAUUCCUUUAAGUUCAUGGUUGAAGUCGGCGACUUUAACCCGGUGACUAAUGAUUUCAAUUUAGUCCUCCGUAAGUUAUUCAGGUAGUUUAUAUAUUAGAGGGCUAUUUGCACUUCAUUCCCUUGAGGGUUCUUCUAUUUAUUAAAACUUUCCCAUCAUGCAUUAUUAAUUUGCUCAUCUUUGUACUUGCUGGUGUUUUCCACCAUUAUUGGGUAUGAUAGUGUUUCUGUUUGUUGGUUUAUUAGAUUUACUAUUUCGACUUCUACACAAAACAAUUUGACCUUCUGUUAUUCUACCACACCUUAGUUUUUCGAUCUAACACACAUAAUCUGUAAAACAAAUCAAGGUUGUGUUAAACUUACAUGACAAUGCCACACCAGUCUCUAACAACAGGCAGGCACCGGACUCUGUGCUACUGCACCCUCACAGAAGCUGUGCUUCUUUCUCCAUCUCAAUGCUUUUCCAUUGCUUACCCACAAUCAACAUUCUUGUUCCUGGAUUUGAAAAAAAUGUUAUGGUUUUGG